CGGAGUUAGUAUAACAUUUAUUGUACAAUCCUUGUAAAUAAGAAUCUGUGUUAGUAUUAGGGUAGCAAGGUUGAUCUUCUUUAAUUGACAGUGAGGUGAAGCUUCCCCUUCCAUCACCGCAAAACGAGCUGAAGUCGAAAAAUACCGGUUGGGGGAAAUAUACGACGCAAAGGAUAAAAGACAUUGUUGAAAGGAAUGAGCAAGAUCCUAAUGCUUGUUCCUUUAGUCGCAACCUCGAUGUGGCUCGAAGGGCAGCAUCUUUCCAUUACCCUGCGAAAUGUCAUGUUAGAGCUACACCAAUAUUCGAGUUAUCGUCCAUUACGGUGAGAAAGGAUUUAUUUAAGAAGCUUGAGGAUGAAAAUGAGAGUGCAUGGAUUGAAGUUUAUGGUCACAUUAAAAUUGUGGAUGAGGAAAAUAAUGAACAUUUGUUGUUUGACUGUCCUCUUGACAAUCCAGAAUCUGUCUAUUUAUCUGACAAUGAUUCCGUACUUCUUCAAGAAUGCUUUUUUGACUACCCAUAUUGGUCUUAUUCUAUGCAUAAAUUCUCUUUGGUUAUGCAUUUAAAAGAUAGGCGUGGAGAUGUUGUAAUUGCAGAUGAUGUGAAAGAAUUCGAUUUGAACUUUAUGGAUGUUUAUGAUGUAAAUGAAGGUGGUUGGAAGAUUAAAACCUCUUUGGGUGGUGGAGGUGGACAUGUCUAUGUGCAAUACAGAAUUUUCCCAUAUGCUGUUUAUGCUUUUGUAGAUGUUAAAUUGUGGAGAAUCGUGAAACUCGUAUUAGACAAGAAAUGGAAAAGCAUGAAGCCUCUCGGAAAGGUGAAAUGUGUCAGGCUACUGUGACUGGUAAAAUUUCUACUACAUGUAAGGCGAGGAAUAAGAAACGUAUUUCACGAGUGAUAUUUGAUGAAACUUGUUACGAUCCUGCAAAUUUGAGUCCUACUGGUAUGCGAUGGAUCUCUUGGUUGGCCGUUCCAGCUUAUUCUCGGAGCCUUAAAAUUGAAGUAGACCUUGAGGUAGAUGGUGAAAAAAUUGGGAGUGGUCAAGUUUUGGAUUUUGAGGUCAAAGACAUGUCCUAUAAGGGAAUUGUAAAGGAAAUUUUUGGACAGGAUUGGUGUAUCCUAGUGAGUGUGUACUGGACGCAUGCACAUUCUUUCCUUGACAAAGAAUGUCAUGAUCAGUUUGCCCGUAAACAUGCAUCUGUGGAAGUCUGGAAGAGAGUGAAGGUGAUUUAAUGUUUUCAAACAUCUCAACUAGGGAAUUACGCAUAUGUGGUCGUAAGCGUCCAGAUAGGAUGGCGGAGGACUUUCCUGAUAUAUAUGACCCUAGCUCAGUGCACCCUCUAGAUGUGAACAUUGAGAGGAUUGUACGUGAUCCUAAACCAAUGCUCUCUCCAGACUUCCGACGUCUCGUGGAGAUAUUUUCGAUUUCUGUUCCUCUGCCUCGGGACCAAUGUUGGAAACUGUAUGGACUAGUUCACUGUUACGAUUUAUUUCAUUCAUAUGAUUUAUUUUCAUGUAAGGAGGAAGAAAAGGAGAAGUACACUGAGUUGAGUUACUCUAGAAACACGUUACUCCUACAAGAGCCUUGCAGUUCCUACAUAGGUGGACAAUUUGGUGUAAGUAUCAUCUUGAAAAAUGAUCAAGGCUCUGAAAUCAGCAAAGGUUGGAUUGAUUGGAAUGACUAUCAAGCUAGUAUUUGGUACAACAGGCGUGUAUGUUCAAUCAUUCCUGGAAAAAUAGGAUUUGCAGCAGUUCAUUAUACAAUAUUUUCUGAUGCAGUUCAAGCUGGAGUCAAGGUAGUUUUGAAAUCAAAUGAUGGUGUUUCUCGCACGAUUCGUGGGAAGAUCUUUGCUAGGUACAGUGGUUACACAUACCAAGCAUAUUAUGAGAAGAAAUAUUAUAAAAGUAAGUUGUAUGAAGAUUGUGUGGAGGUAAGAGAUGGCGAGAGAUUACCGUUGCUAAAACCGGUUGUUUCAGUGCCGAAGGAUGGUUCACUAGUUCUGGAAAUAUACAUUCAAGUUGGUAAGAUUGGUAAGAAUCUGAAAGGUGGUGAAUAUCUCAAGGGUGAAAUUACAUUUAAGGCUUUUGAAAGUGAUUAUUUCAAUCCUGUUAUCCAAUCUAGCCAACAAGUCAUUCAUGGAGCUGACUUUAGUUUAUCUGUGUUUGUUUUAUGGGGUUGAUAAGUUACUCCCUUUUUGCAUCAUUGUCAUUGUUUACAUUUUUGUUUGUUCAUAAUGACUUGAUCUUUCCCCCCUUAUUUAACACUUAUAGAAGCAAGAGUGUAUUGAUGGUUUUACCCUCAUUUGCCUUUUUUUUCUUUUGCAUUUUUUUCCUAUCAAUAGUAAAAUACUACGUAUCUUCUUUGCCUUUCUUGCUUUGUUCUUUUGGUUUUGGUUUUAUUUUUGCUUUUGUUGCUAAGCUUUCCUCCCUCUUCUCCUACAACCAAGAUGUUUUCUCUCUCCACCUACACUAUUGCGUUCUCUCCUCUGCCAGGGCUUCCUUGCAGCGAGAAUGGUGAGGUAUGUGAAAUCUUAUCAUCUCCAUCAGUCGUUUUAUGUCAAUUUCUCUUAGUUUCAUCAUUGUUUUCUUCAGUUUAGGUUUAAGGAUCGGAUUUAGGAUUUAUGCAGAGUUUUUUAUUUAUUUUAAUUUGUUGGAAAUUUGGAUGUGAAUAGGUUGCCUUGUGCAUGGACAUCUUUUGAUCUUUGCUUCCAUACUUGCAUGUUACUAUUAGGAAUCCCCAGUAUAAUUUAAAGGGUACAUUGUAUGGUUGUUUCACGACUGCUAAUGGUGCAGGGGAAGUUCUUUUGGACCAAAACUUUGUCAAUGACAUGAGUUCAUCAUCUCCUUUAUAUAUUGGCAUGAAAGCUAAGAAACUCCUAGAACGUAGUGUCUGGAAUGACACAUCAUUUCUCAGUGUAAGUUUCUGUGAUCUGCAUGGUAUCAUCUACUGCUGUUUACUUACUAUCAUGAUGUGACACGGAUGUCAGUGGGGUGGGUUUCAUUGGAGACCCACCCCACAUCCGCCCAAGUAGGCGGGGAUGGGGGGAGGUUUGGCCGGUAAUGGCCUGAUGGGUAUAAAAAUUGUACCCGCUAUGGGUGAGGGGUGCGGCUGUGGAUUUUGUGUUGGACCCGCUCCGCUCCAUCCCCUCCCGUCCCACUUCAUUCCGUCAAGCUGACCCAACUACGGAGUACCAUUUAGUACAUGAAUUUAAAAUUUUAAGAAAAAUCUUAAGUUGAACAACUUUUUUCUGUUUAGAUGUGUUUGUAUGUGUUAAACUUGAAGCUUUUCUUUUGUUUGGGUGUUUUUGUAUGUACAGUUGAUUUCUUAUCCUUUGGUAAUAAAUCUCAUGUUUAAUUGCCAAAAAAGGUCUGUUUAUUGAUAUUUAGGGAUUAUAACUUAAUUUUAUUGAGCAUUAAUUUUUUCAAGACUAAGAGAAGGACCUAAUAGUUGUGCACCCUUUGGUUUCUGAUCAUUCAUUCUUCUUCCUUUCGUGGCAGAGUAUCGGAAGUCAUGCAUUAUACUUUACUGAUAAAUAAAACUGUAUUUCACUGACUAUAACUGGUUUUUGCUGAUUCUCUAGUGAUUUUUUCCACGUAUCCAGUUACUGAAUUUUACUUUAAAAACUCUGUUCACUGAUAUUUAGGGAUUAUAACUUAAUGGUGUGUACCCUUUAUUCUUCCUUUCGUGGCAGAGUAUCGAAGUCGUGGAUUAUUCUUUUACUGGUAGGGGUUGAUAGGAAAAGCGGGGAGCUAGUAUGCGGGAUUAUAAAUUAUCUAACAGAGUACACUGUACACCUGUGCCAAACAAUUAGAGACAUGGGUGAAGUCAUCCCUUGUUCCCAAGAAUGUUUCACCAACCAUUAUCUCACCAGAAGAGUAUAAGAAGAGGUUCAGGAAGUUCAUGUCUACAGUCUACUCACUUCCUGGCUUUCGCAGUUGACUAGUGUUCUCACAGAUCUUCAAUGCAAAAUUUGUGGCGUCGGAAAAGCCCGUAAACUUGUGGUAAAUGGUGUUCAAACCCAUGAUUAGCACUCAUUUGCAGUAAUGUUUUUCUUUUUUGCAGUAAUAAAACUGAUAACUGUGCAGAGAUUGUUACUGCUGCUGCACAUAACAAGUUAACAACUGGUUAUGUUGCGAUCAUUUUUAGCAGAUAAAUGUGUAUACACACACACACUUUUUUUGUUGUUAAUGCUGGAGAUGAAAAACUUCUAUACACACUGUUAGUUUUGUUGUUUCUGUAAAGAAUUGAAUCUUGAACAACAUUGUUGAUUGAUAGCCAAAUUUUGAGGA